GAAGCUUCCACGCUGACGGUUCUCACCUUCACGCCCUCCGGACGCGCGUGUGAAUAAAAUAUCCAAUGGUAAUCGAGCGGGACCAACUCUUUUAAACACCAAAGGGAAAUCCACGCGCAAAAUGGAUGCGCGUCCCGACAAAUCAAUUUCCGCAUUCAAAGCUAUUUUAUGUCGAAGGCGAAGAAGCGCGCGGUUUUAUUGUAUUUGUUAAGAUCUAACGCACAAAAACAAAUUGGCAUGACUGAGAAAUAUUUGCGCGAGAACGGCCUGAGAAGAAGAAAAGGGCAAAAAACCAAAGAACAAAAGAAAGAAGGAAAAGAAAUUGAAGCAGGGAAUAUUUCCCCUCUUCCUGUUUCAUUGUCCGUGGAACGAAGCUUCGUAAGGAAACCAGAAAUAGAAGACAAACCCGUUGCAGAUAGAACGGAGAUUCCAAUCGGAUUAUUCGGUUUCAGAUCGGUCGUUGCCUUUUCAUUCUUUUGUUGAAGAAGAUGAAAAUGAGUGGUGGAUGGGAGAGGGUUAGGUCAUCGAGAUCAAGAAUGACCCGAGACGUGAGCUUGACCGGCCGUUCAUCCACGACUCGUACUGUUCGACUCGGCCGCGUCCAGCCCCAGGCCCCUAGUCACCGCACCAUCUACUGUAAUGACCGCGAGGCUAAUUUCCCCAUCAGAUUCAAGGUACUUCAACGAAAGUUUUUAUUUCGUACACGGACCAAUGCAAUUGUUAUCAUGGUUUCUCAUUCUACCUGAAAUAUACUGAAAAUGACCAAAUGCGCGACCGUAAUGCAAGAGAGAGAACAUAAAUUGUUACUACGAUUGAAGAUUUUUUUCCCCCUUUCCCUCUUGGGAAAUUCUAUAUCAACUACAAAGUACAAUUUCUUCACCUUUCUACCCAAGGGAUUGUUUGAACAGUUCAGGCGGGUGGCCAAUUGCUACUUUCUCUUCAUAUCAAUUUUAUCGAUGACACCAAUCAGUCCUGUCAAUCCUGUAACAAAUGUGGUCCCUCUGAGCCUGGUGCUAUUAGUCUCUCUUAUUAAGGAGGCAUUUGAGGACUGGAAGCGCUUUCAGAAUGAUAUGGUGAUUAACAAUGGUCCUGUAGAGGUGUUGCAAGAUCAAAAGUGGGAGACUGUUCCCUGGAAGAAGUUGCAAGUUGGAGACAUUGUUAGGGUUAAGCAAGAUGGAUUCUUUCCUGCAGAUCUGCUUUUCCUUGCUAGUACAAAUCCUGAUGGUGUCUGCUACAUUGAGACUGCAAAUCUGGAUGGAGAAACAAAUUUGAAGAUCAGAAAGGCUUUGGAAAGGACUUGGGAUUACUCGACUCCUGAAAAAGCUGCUGAAUUCAAAGGUGAAGUGCAGUGUGAGCAACCAAAUAAUUCUCUGUACACUUUCACUGGAAAUCUUAUAAUCCAAAAGCAAACAUUACCUCUCAGUCCAAACCAACUACUUUUAAGAGGAUGCAGUCUCAGGAACACAGAGUACAUUGUUGGGGCUGUUAUUUUUACGGGCCAUGAAACAAAGGUUAUGAUGAAUUCUAUGAAUGUUCCUUCCAAGAGGAGUACAUUGGAGAGGAAACUUGAUAAACUUAUACUCACCCUUUUUGGAUCUCUUUUCCUUAUGUGCCUUAUUGGAGCCAUAGCCAGUGGUAUUUUUAUUAAUCGUAAGUACCACUACCUAGGUCUUGAUGAAGGUGCACCAACAGAGUUUAACCCUAGCAACCGAUUUGGGGUUGCUGCUCUGACUUUGUUUACUCUUAUCACCUUGUACUCAACAAUAAUUCCCAUCUCUUUAUAUGUUUCCAUUGAGAUGAUCAAAUUUAUUCAGUGCACCCAAUUUAUCAACAAGGACCUACAUAUGUAUCAUGCUGAAACCAAUACCGCUGCAUUGGCUAGGACUUCCAAUUUGAAUGAGGAACUUGGACAGGUGGAAUAUAUAUUUUCUGAUAAAACUGGAACAUUAACAAGAAAUCUAAUGGAGUUCUUUAAGUGUUCAAUUGGAGGAGAGGUUUAUGGGUUUGGUAUCACUGAAAUAGAACAGGGUGGAGCAGAGAGGAAUGGCAUACAAGUUCAAGUGCAUAAAUCAGUUAUUGCAGUGCAUGAGAAGGGGUUUAAUUUUGAUGAUUCUAGGCUUAUGCGAGGAGCUUGGAGGAAUGAGCCUGAUCCUGACACAUGCAAGGAAUUCUUCAGAUGCCUUGCUAUUUGUCAUACGGUACUUCCUGAAGGUGAUGAAUCUCCAGAGAAAAUCACAUAUCAGGCUGCAUCACCAGAUGAGGCCGCAUUGGUUACUGCUGCGAAGAACUUUGGUUUUUUCUUUUACAGGCGAACGCCUACAAUGAUAUAUGUUCGUGAAUCUCAUGUGGAGAAAAUGGGUAAAAUUCUGGAUGUGGCUUAUGAAAUUCUGAAUGUUCUUGAGUUCAACAGCACACGGAAACGUCAGUCUGUUGUUUGUCGAUAUCCUGAUGGCAGACUUGUAUUAUACUGCAAGGGUGCUGAUACCGUGAUUUAUGAGAGACUGGCUGAUGGAAAUGAUGAUCUAAAGAAAAUAACCAGAGGACACUUGGAACAGUUUGGAUCUGCUGGUUUACGUACCCUUUGCCUAGCCUAUAGAGAUUUAAGUCCUGAAAUGUAUGAAAGCUGGAAUGAAAAGUUUAUCCAAGCUAAAUCUUCUCUUAGAGAUCGUGAAAAUAAGUUGGAUGAGGUAGCUGAACUAAUAGAAAAGGAACUUAUUUUGAUUGGUAGCACUGCUAUAGAAGACAAGCUUCAAGAAGGAGUACCAGGCUGUAUUCAGACUCUUUCUAGAGCUGGAAUCAAGAUUUGGGUGUUAACAGGGGACAAGAUGGAAACAGCGAUUAAUAUAGCUUAUGCUUGCAACUUAAUUAACAAUGAGAUGAAACAAUUUAUUAUCAGUUCAGAAACUGAUGCAAUCAGAGAAGUUGAGAACAGGGGUGACCAAGUGGAAAUUGCCUGUUUUAUCAAGGAAGAAGUUAAAAAAGAACUGAAGAGGUGUCUUGAGGAAGCCCAGCACUGUUUGAGCACUGUAUCUGGGCCAAAAUUGGCACUUGUUAUAGAUGGAAAGUGUCUGAUGUAUGCCUUGGACCCAAGUUUACGAGUGAUGCUGUUGAAUUUGAGCUUGAAUUGUAGUUCAGUUGUUUGCUGUCGGGUUUCUCCUUUACAGAAAGCACAGGUGACUAGUCUGGUCAAGAAAGGUGCACGUAAAAUAACGCUUAGCAUUGGUGAUGGUGCUAACGAUGUUAGCAUGAUUCAAGCUGCUCAUAUUGGUGUUGGAAUUAGUGGUUUAGAAGGGAUGCAAGCUGUCAUGGCUAGUGAUUUUGCAAUUGCCCAGUUUCGCUAUCUUGCUGAUUUACUACUUGUGCAUGGGCGGUGGUCAUAUCUUAGAAUAUGCAAGGUUAUCACAUAUUUCUUUUACAAGAAUCUUACGUUUACUCUGACCCAAUUUUGGUUCACUUUUCAUACUGGCUUUUCGGGUCAAAGAUUCUAUGAUGAUUGGUUCCAGUCACUGUAUAAUGUCAUAUUUACAGCACUGCCAGUGAUCAUGGUUGGGCUUUUUGACAAGGAUGUCAGUGCAUCCCUUUCAAAGAAGUACCCUGAACUGUACAAAGAGGGAAUACGAAAUGUAUUUUUCAAAUGGAGAGUUGUGGGGACAUGGGCCUGUUUUUCUGUAUACCAGUCUCUGAUCUUCUAUCACUUUGUGACCACUUCAAGUGCUGGUGGUAAAAAUUCAUCUGGCAGGAUAUUUGGACUCUGGGAUGUCAGCACAAUGGCCUUCACUUGUGUUGUUAUCACAGUCAACUUGCGUCUUCUCAUGAUAUGUAAUUCAAUUACAAGGUGGCAUUAUAUUAGUGUUGGAGGAAGCAUCUUAGCAUGGUUUAUUUUCAUUUUUGUGUAUUCAAUUUUUCGGGAGAAUGUUUUUUUCGUCAUAUAUGUGUUGAUGAGUACAUUCUACUUUUACAUCACCAUACUUCUGGUUCCCAUUGUUGCUCUUCUUGGAGACUUCAUUUAUCAAGGGGUUCAAAGAUGGUUCUUUCCCUAUGAUUAUCAAAUUGUUCAGGAAAUUCACAGGCAUGAACCUGAUGACAACAGUAGGGCAGGAUUGCUGGAGAUAGAGAACCAGCUUACACCACAUGAGGAAAGGAGCUACGCCAUAGCUCAACUCCCACGAGAGAUAUCUAAACACACUGGCUUUGCUUUUGAUUCACCUGGGUAUGAGUCAUUUUUUGCUGCACAGCUAGGUAUAUAUGCUCCACAGAAGCCAUGGGAUGUUGCACGGAGAGCCAGCGUGCGAUCACGACCAAAGACAUCCAAAAAGAAUUGAAUUUGACAAAUUUCACUGUACAAAGAAUAUUUUGGACCCCAUAUCGAUGGUCAUUCUUAGAAAAAUUUGUAAAUUUAGAUGUGCCUAGUUUAGUUUUCUGAUUUAUUUCUAUUCAAUUUCUUUGUUUCACCUUCAACAUGUUUCAAGGAAUUUUAGUAAUCCUUAGGUUGUCACCGUUGUACAGCUAACUGGUAUGGUUCAACUAAAUUGAGAAUUUUAGUAAUUCUUGGUUUGUCACCGUUGUACAGCUAACUGGUAUAGUUAAAGUAAAUUGAGAAUUUUGUUUGUUAA